GUCAAUCGUCAUUUUUCCUUUUCACUUCGUUACUCCAUCUUUCUCUUUCUCUCUAUCUUAUAAAAGCAAAGAGUCGAUCGACCUCCUGUGUUAAACGCCAAUUCAACCAUAAAUUAAGAAAGACACAAGAAAAUGGAUAACGUUCGACAUAGAAGAACAAGCGAGAGAGAAAAUAGUCCCAACAGAGCCAAAGUAAGCAUACAAGUCCAGCCAAAGCAGGUCAAAUCUAUCAGAAAAAUUCAAGUUAUUUACUAUCUUUCUAGAAAUGGCCAUCUUCAACAUCCACAUUUCAUGGAAGUUACCCAUUUCGCCAAUCAACACCUUCGUUUGAAAGAUUUUAUGGAUCGGCUCACAGUUCUUAGAGGCAAAGGGAUGCCUUCUUUAUACUCAUGGUCUUGCAAAAGGAGCUACAAGAAUGGCUAUGUGUGGAAUGAUUUGGCAGAAAAUGAUAUUAUUUAUCCUUCUGAUGGAGCUGAGUAUGUUCUCAAAGGAUCUGAAUUAGUUGAAGGAUGUUCUGCAGAAAAGUUCCAAGAACUUCAACUAAGCAAUAAUAACAUACAACUAAUUCAAGAGCCCAAAUACCAUGCAAAACCAAAGCAACUCGGUCCGAGUCAACUCUGCACCAAGUAUGAGUUUGAAGAAUAUGAAGAAGAAGACCAAGAACAAGAAUCACAAGAAGAAUAUGAAGAUGAAGAGAAAACAAGCUACACAACCUCCACAACUCCUCACUCUCGUUGUUCUAGAGGUGUGUCUACUGAAGAGUUAGAAGACCAACAAGAAGCUACAAAAAACCCGAACUCAACUGAGCCAACUCAUCCCAACUCGUGCCCACCACCAUCAACCUCCUCAUCGAUAGUAAAUAAAAACAAGCAUCAAAACACAACUUCCAAACGAUUUGAAGAUGGUGACCCAAUUGCCACUGAGUCACCGCCGAGUCGUAACUCGGUCCUCCUCCAACUCAUCUCAUGUGGAAAUUUAGCUGUAGCUAAAGCAAAGGGUAAUAGUAAUGGACUGAGUUUAAAACAACCUGAAAAGAUGAAGAAAAAUGAUAUUGUGAUUAAAAGGAGUAGUGAAAGCAAUCUUCUUCAUAAAGGGGUUUUGUGUAAAAGUGCAAUGAGAGUUGGAGAAGAGGAAAUGAUGAUUAGUUGCAUGUCUGAAAAUCCUAGGUUUGGAAAUUUACAGGUGGAAGAGAAGCAGUAUUUUAGUGGUAGCAUUGUUGAGUCAGUGAGUGAGAACCGAGUUGCUGUUGAGUCCGCGUUGAAGAGAUCAAACUCGUAUAAUGAAGAAAGGAGCAAAAGGAAUGGAGUGAUGGAAGAAGCAGUACGAGAGGAAGACAUUAAAGAGGUGAAAGCAACAAAAGCCAAAUGCAUUCCUCUAAAGAAGGCUUCAUCUACAUUUUCUUGUUCAUCAUCUUCAAAACAAACCAAGAAAUAUUAAUGAUAUGCAAUAAAGGUUCCUUUGAGUGGGACUUGGUUGGUGCAGUAAUUAUUAGUUACUAUUUUACCUAAUUCUUGCUUUUGUUGUGCUGUGCAAAGUUGAAACCGAUGUUUGUGUAAAAUCUUGGAGUUGAGAAAAUGGGUAUGUUGAGAAUCUCUAUAAUAUCGUUGGAUUUGGUUGGAGAAGUCAUAUGCAUAUAAAGAGGCUAAUCACUCAUUAAUGUUUGUCUUGGAGUACUGCUUUAAUGUGAUUUUAAUGAUCUUCAUGAUUAAUAGCAUUUAAGAUUUGGAUGU